GUCAAACCAAACUUCAGUCUCAACUUCUCAAGAUUAGGUGGCAUUGUAGGUAGAAUCUGAGCUGCUGAAUGAGUAGCAUGUCCUUUGCACCUGGGUACGUCUUUUCGUCUUUUCUAGCAAGCACAGACGUCCCCAUUGGUCCCCCAAUGGUUUGAGUCUUGACCGCCCUCUGUCAGCUGAAUGUUGCAGCUAUCAUGCAGACUAGAUCAGAGCAUGUUCUGCAGGUCCUGCACAUGCACUGCAAGUUUAGGGAGCAGUGCAGAGUGAGAUCACUUUGCUGACAAUCACUCAUGAAGGUGUUGUAGGCAGGUACAGUAUAUAACUCAAGUGGAUUGAAUGGCCGCAUUUGUUGAAAGACAUUCAACGCACUUGGUCCAAGUUCAAUCAUACGAGCGGUAGAGGGCGCAGUGAUACAGCUGCAUUGCCCAACUCUUCUGCACCCAAACAAUAGAGGCAGCUGCCACUUGUUUGUUAGCUCCCAACAACUUCUGCCUGGGGCUGGAUGACCUUCUGCCCAGAUUCAUGCGACCAGCAAUCCACCACAACUGAACAUUGUCUGAACAGGGGAGCUCUUCCCAGAGUCAGUCUCUGGCCAACAUGAUGGCCCCAGCUAAGCGCCGCGCGAAACGGCCAACCCUCAUUCCAACGCUCCUCCUGGAGUUCCUCGCAGGCGCAUUCGUACUUUGUUUCUAUUUCCUCUACCGCCGCUACCACAAUGCAGUUGGCGUAACCCCCAAAAACUCCCUGAGGCAAUCCUGCCAGUUUACAAAGUGGGUUAACCCUGCGGUAGAGCCCCCGGAGGAGGAGAUUGGGGACAGGUGGGCAUGCCCCUCGGAGCGCUUCUGCCAGGUGGCGCUCCGCGAUUCGUGCCUGCAGCGGCGGCCGCCGGCAGGGCCGGACUCGCGGAUGUAUCAGCACGACUUUCAGCUGCUGGUGGCGAGCGUUGCGCAAGCGGAGCAAUGCGGGGCGACUGCGGGGAAGUUCUCAGAUCACUACAAGGGCUGCCGGCGUUUUGGGUUAAAUGCAAACCUCAAAUUUGAGGACGGGGGUGUGACCCCGGGGGGGCGGGUGGAGUCAAAGCCGACGAUCCUGAUCAACUGUAUGGACAUGAUGUGCGAUAACUGGUUCCAAGCGGUUGCAUAUGUGGCGUAUCCGACAGCAGCGCUCAUGGAUCAACUGGGUCUGCAAGAGCUGCGAGGGUUUGCGCUUCGGAUCCUGAUGGAUAAGAACAAGGGGCGGGAGCUUCUAGUUGGGUUGAUGGAGACUUUCAAACCAGACGAGGUCAUCUUCUCAGCGAUGAAUAUGCAGGAAAGCCAGGACCUUGGGUGCUACAGUCGUGCUUACUUCAUGGGGUAUGACUCGCACCCGUUCCACUGCGACCUUAAUCGGAAGGUUGGCAUUAACCCAACGUUGGUCCGGAUGUCACGAUUGAUGAUGUCAAGCAUGGGUUUUGUGGCCCCUCCUGCGCUGAAGAGGGACGUGUCCGUUGUGCAUGCCAAGCGCACGGGGGUGCGGCGAAUCCUCAACCCCACCGAAGUAGAGGCGGAGUUUCGGCGGCCAAUCCGUUAUGUUGAAGAGAAAGAGGGGGCGGAUUGGAAGGACUAUUUCCGGAAAACGAUCCAGACGCACCGGGAGGCAUCGGUGCUGUUUGGGGUCCAGGGCGCGGGGCUCACGAACCUGCUGUUUUUACCCCCCGGGGCGGUGGUGAUCGAAGUCGGGAAUGAUGGGUUCGUGUUCCAUGCGUUCAGAAACAUGGCGGUGCAGAGCGGGCACUAUUACAUGUUGAUAGAAGUCAGUAAAGAAGCCAAUGAUAGCGCGGUGGUGCUGCCCGCGAGCGGGAGCGCUCAAGCAGCUGAUCUGUGGGUGCAUCCGAAGGAGGUGAGGCGGGCAAUGGACACGGCAGAGCAGCUGCUGCAAUUGCCCCGAGACGUUGUUAGCUAGCCUAACACGCAGGUACCUUAGAUCCGACUACGUUUUGGCUUCCCAUGCAAUAGUGUCUCUCGACAGCGUAGAGUUGACACUGCGGUUGCAUGAACGAUUUUGCUCCCUAUUUGAACGGUUCCAGUAUUGGAAGUCCAGGCAGCAUGCAUGUAAGCUGUCCCAAGGUUCAUUCC